CCCCGGCCCAUCUUGUUCAUUUCGAUUUCGAUGUUUUUAUGUACACACGUAUUUUUAAUAAUUGGAUUAAACUAGACAAAGGAAAGAAUACUAGAUGUACACUUUACUGAUACUGACUUAUCUUCUUAAAGUGAUCUCGACAGCACCAUUCCAAGUUGAUACAAAACAUGAGAUAUUUAAGAAGAUAGAUAAAAGAGACGCAUCUUGUGAUUUACAGAGAUCCCCAUUAGGGGACACGUAUUUCCGAAAAACAACACCAUGGGGAGUUGAGUUUGAUUUGCCGUGUCCAACAGGAACAUUGUUUAAACUGGGAGAAUGUAGUUGUGAAAAGAAAAACUGUACCGUGAUGGAAAACGAUCCUACAUCAUACUCGGAAUACAUUGAUAGCAUUAAAGACUGGGUGACAGGUCAAUGUCCCCAAAAUAUGGUAUAUAGAACGGAUUAUUGCAUGUGUACACUACCAAAGGAUUACAUGACCCCGGGUCCAGCAACAUUACUGGUUACUGUUCAACCAGAAGAUUGUCCUUAUAGACAGAAAGGUCCGUCGUCAUACGAAGAGUAUUUCCCGUCCGUUGAUGAUUGGGUCACAAAUUACUGCCCACAUGGAACAAUGUAUAGUGCUAUGUUCUGUAAAUGUAUUUCACAAGAUACAUCGACACAUUUGCAGUCAAAUCAAAAUCCUACAGAAAAAACGUCACCGAUUAUUUACACUUUUCAACCUCCUACAACCUGUCCAUACACACAGGAUGGACCAUCAUCAUAUAAGGAAUACAUAGAUAGUCUUGGGAAUUGGCUGACUUAUGACUGUUCUUCUGGGAAGAUAUAUAGUCCUCUCUGGUGUACUUGUCUUAUAGAAGGUCAAACACCUGAUUACUCCGGUUACAUGACGACACCACCCCUUGUAGCAAAUUGUUUGCUACAACCUUCCGGUCUGACGUCAUACAAUGAAUAUGUGCCAUCAUUGGCUGCCUGGGUAACCAAUGAUUGUCCUGUAGGGAAAGUAUUCAGUAAACCACAUUGUGCCUGUGUAAACGAAAAUUUGGUGCAAAAACCAGAAAUAACAACUUUAGCAGUUGAUACAACAUACGUCACAAAUCCAGAUUGUGAUUUGCGACCGGUUGGAAAAAGCACCUACCAAAAAUAUGAGAAAGCGAUUGAUGCCUGGGUGACAGAGGACUGCCAUGUUGGUUUAGUUUUUAAUGUCAUGUUAUGCCACUGUGUUAAAGACGGAAUUGUUGUAACAGGACUACCCACCACUAGUACAAAAUCGUACACAGGAAUUACAAACUCAAAUUGUCCAUACGUUCCUGUGAACCAGAGAUCUUACAAGGAGUAUGUAGCUGAUAUAGGAGCAUGGGUAACAAAUGAUUGUCCAUCGGAUAUGGUGUUUAAUGUUGUCAUGUGCUCCUGUCAUCCUGAGGGGUCAGCUGAUAUCAUUGUUGUUCCAAUUACAACGGUCCCCCCAUUGAACAUCCCAACAGUUCCAAAUUGUCCUUAUAAGAAGUCUGAUGAUGGAUAUCUAGAAUAUAUACCGGAAAUAAAAAUUUGGCUCAAUAACGCAUGUCCUAUUGAUCACGGGUUCGUUGUGGAAUAUUGUACAUGUCUGUCUCAAAGUGAUAUCAGUAAAAUACCAGAAAAGCCAUCAACUACAACAGAUAAAUCUUCAACGACAUCAAAAGCAGUGCCUUCUUCUAUGACUUCACAAGUGACAAUACUGUCGUCAUUAGCUAAAUCUGAAUUACCAAGCACUCCGUCUUCAAUGACAAGUAAAGCUACUACGCCCAGAAAACUUACUUCUUCUACAACAGCCUCCCCCGAAACAACGACAGCAUCCUCUCCCAAGACAACGACGACAGCAACCACUCAAAAGACUAAAACGACAAUAAAUGUAUUGACAACUACGCUAUCUACAACGCAGUCUGUUAAGCCAACACCACCAACUACAUCACUAACAACAACAGAAAAAACAACAACAACGACUGAACCAUUACCCACAACAGUUCAAACAACAAAAAAGCCGACGCUUGCACCUACGACAACUACCGUCCCAUCAACAUCAGACAGCAUUACAACAACAGAGCCAUCUUUAACAACGACGUCAGAAAUCAUUAGUAAUUGUGACAAGACGAUGUCACGGCUUGGAGAGAGAUAUUACACGACAGUAGACUCAAGAUGGGGAGAACUUACCUUUAUGUGCCCAACGGGAAAGAUAUUUCAUCCUCCUAGCUGCGACUGCAUAUUCAAAUCUGAUAUCAAGACAACAAUUAAGAGUUUACCUACAAGGACGACAGCAUCAGUAACAACAACCAUAAGACUACCCAUAACAAAGUUAACAACCACAAAGCUGUUCAAAACUACACCAAUGACUUCUACAACAAAACAGUCAGAAUCGACAACAGUAAGCGUAAGACCAACAACUACUGAAACAGCAUGUCCAUUGGUCCCGUCAUCAUCAGGUCCAGAAUAUUUUAAGAUAUUUCUUGGAACGUUUGGAGCAAUUGAACUGACGUGCCCCUCUAAACAGAUAUUUGAUCCUGUCAAAUGUAGAUGCUAUAUAUAGACUUACAGUAUACUGUGGGUAUAAGAAAAUAUAGAUUUUGCAUUCAGCCAUAUGGCAUCAUAAAUUCAAGAUUCCUUCAACACUAUUAUCGAUGAUCAUCAGAAAUCCAUCACAUGUUACCGGAGUAUUCGAAUAAAUAAGUAAACAGAGUUUUACAUUGUAUUU